AUGGAGGCACUUGGGGGACUGGUGAAUCCCCCUGCAGCUUGCCUCUGGCCACUGGGACAGGUUUCAGGAGAGUUUUGCAAAUGUUGCGGUAGUACAGAAAGCUCUCAUUGGAGCGAGGUUGCAAAACCUUCCUCAGGCUCCUCUUCAGCUGCACAGUCCCAUGAGCUGUCCUCUCCUGGACUCACCUUUCCUGCUCCACCAGACACCGUCACCUCCUACCACGCACCCCAGAAAGCAGGUCCUGCCGCCCCGCUGCCCUGCACCCAGCAAGACACGGCAGGAGGGUUUUUCGGCAGCGGCCCUGGUGCUUGCCGUCGGCGUCCGUCCGAGCCGUGCUGCAGCGGAGGUGCCAUGGGGCCUGGGUGUGCCAGCGUCCUGGGCUGGCUCCUGCUGGCGCAGGCAGCAUCGCGGGUAGCAGGCGGCCGCCCCUGCGACGCCAAGGACUUCGGCCACGGCUCGCUGGUGUGCGCCUGCAGCGCCACGUACUGCGACACGCUGGACCCCGUGGUCCUGCCGGCCCCGGGCACCUACGUCAAGUACGAGAGCAGCAAGGCUGGCAAGCGGCUGGAGCGCAGUGAGGGAAGCUUCCAGCACAACACCAAGACCCCAGAUUUCCAUCUCACCCUGGACACGGCGCAGCGAUACCAGAAGGUGAAGGGCUUUGGCGGUUCUGUCACAGACUCGGCUGCCAUCAACAUCCAGUCCCUGUCCAAGGAUGCCCAGAACCACCUGCUCCGCUCCUAUUUCUCCGAGGAAGGCAUUGAGUACAACCUCGUGCGUGUCCCCAUGGCCAGCACUGACUUCUCCAUCCGCCUGUACACCUAUGCUGAUGCGGAGGGCGACUUUGAGCUGAAGCACUUCAACCUGACGGAGGAGGACACACGGAUGAAGAUCCCCAUCCUUCGGGCAGCCCAGGCGGUGGCCAAGCGGCCACUGUCGCUGUAUGCCAGCCCCUGGACCUCUCCAGUCUGGAUGAAGACAAACGGUGCGAUGACGGGGAGGGGGACGCUGAAGGGCAGCCCCGGGGACAAGUACCACCAGGCCUGGGCCAAGUACUUCAUCCGGUUCCUGGAUGAAUACGCCAAGUACAACCUGACCUUCUGGGCAGUGACGGCAGGGAAUGAGCCCACGGCCGGUGAGAUCGUCUUCUACCCCUUCCAGUGCCUGGGCUUCUCCCCUGAACACCAGCGGGACUUCAUCGCACAGGACCUGGGCCCUGCGCUGGCCAACAGCUCCCACCGCAACGUCCAGCUCAUCAUCCUGGAUGACCAGAGGGUGAUGCUGCCCUACUGGGCCCAGGUGGUUCUCAAAGACCCCGUGGCUGCCAGCUACAUUAGCGGCAUCGGCAUCCACUGGUACCUGGACUUCCUGGCACCCAUCGACCUCACGCUCUCCAUCACCCACCACCUCUUCCCGGAUUAUUUCCUCCUCUCCACGGAGGCCUCCACUGGCUCCUACUUCUGGGAGCCCAGGGUGGUGCUGGGCGGCUGGGACCGCGGCAGCAAGUACAGCCACAGCAUCCUGACGAACCUCAACAACUACGUGACGGGCUGGACCGAUUGGAACCUGGCGCUGGACCUGGAGGGGGGCCCCAACUGGAGCAAGAACUACGUGGACAGCCCCAUCAUCGUGGACAGCAGCAAGGAUGUCUUCUACAAGCAGCCCAUGUUCUACCACCUGGGGCACUUCAGCAAGUUCAUCCCCGAGGGCUCACAGCGUGUGGGGCUGGCUGUCUCCAAGAAGUGCCGCCGGUGUGACCUGGAGCACUCAGCUUUCCUGCGCCCGGAUGGCGCCAUCGUCCUGGUGGUCCUGAACCGCUCCCCCGUGGACGUGUCCUUCGGCGUCUCCGACCCACGGGUGGGCUUCAUCGAGGCCACAGCUCCCAGCGACUCCAUCCAGACGUUCCUGUGGAGGCAGCCAGCCUAG